GUUAACUGACGAGGCGCCAAUAUUCGUUACAAAAGGCUUCCCCCCUUUUGAGCCCUCUUUGACACCGAACUCUGCCCCCACCCUCCCUCUUCCCAACCCGAGAAUGGGGAACCCAUUGCCCUCCUCCAGAGCAGCCGAAGCCUUCCCGGCCGGCCUUCGGGUUCUGAUCGUCGAUGAUGAUCCCACCUGGUUGAAGAUCCUCGAGAAGAUGCUCAGGAAGUGCUCCUACCAAGGUCUUACCACAUGCAGUUUAGCAACAGAUGCUCUGCACAUACUUCGUGAAAGGAAAGCUAGAUUUGACAUUGUAAUUAGUGAUGUCAAUAUGCCCGAUAUGGAUGGUUUCAAGCUUCUUGAGCAUGUUGGACUUGAAAUGGAUCUGCCUGUCAUAAUGAUGUCCAUAGAUGGGGAGACAAGCAGGGUAAUGAAAGGUGUUCAACAUGGUGCUUGUGAUUACCUUCUUAAACCCGUGAGAAUGAAGGAGCUAAGGAAUAUAUGGCAGCAUGUUUACAGAAAGAAAAUGCAGGAGUUGAAAGAAGUAGAAACUCACAGUAUCGAUGAGGUCAUCAACAUCUUAAGAAAUGGAUCUGAAGAUAUUGAAGACAGACAUCUGAUAGAUGAAACUGAGAUGAGCUCCAUGAGGAAACGGAAGGAUGUUGACAACAAAGAGUUUGUUGACCAAGAGCUCAAUGAUCCUUCCACAGUAAAGAAGGCAAGAGUGGUUUGGUCCGUGGAUCUUCAUCAGAAGUUUGUAAAUGCUGUAGAUCAGAUUGGAUUCGACAAAGUUGGUCCAAAGAAAAUACUUGACUUGAUGAGUGUUCCUGGCCUCACAAGAGAGAAUGUCGCAAGCCAUCUUCAGAAGUAUCGCCUUUACUUGAGUAGACUACAAAAGCAGAAUGGAGGGACUUGUGGUGGAAAUAUGCAAUCUGACCACAUAAAUAAAACCAUCAAAGGAAAAUUUGGACUAAAAAGCUCAACAAACGUGCAACAAGAUUGGGAGCUUACCAAAUAUGCAUGCACAACUGAGAAUUUCCAGACUCAUGGGAUUGUUGCCAAUGCAGCUCAUGUGAGUGAAAUGAACAGAGUGGCACCUGCGCAAGUAAUAGCAAGUAAGAAAGCUUUAGUGAAUGAUGCUCAGUUAGGUCUAUUUCUUUCUUUCAAGGGCAUGCUGCCAAGCAUUAGGGAGAAGGCAUGCAAGCCUUUGCAUGAUGAAAGGCCAGUGAUGCAGCUCAUGCAGUAUCCAGAACAAGAAAACUACAGCGUAUUGGAAGGCUACUCAUGUUUGGCAAAUCCUGAUCGAGAUCAUGAGCCCUGUUUUGAUCAUUUUCCUUCUUCACAACCCUUAAUCACAUCAGCCACUUGCACAAAUGGUAAGGAUAUGAAAGAUCUCUAUGAAAUGAAACCUCUCCAGCCUGCUAUGCCUCCAAUGGCAUGCACGAUUGACUCGGUAUCUAUUCAAGUUAAACAUGGACUAGUUAACUUACAAGACACUGGAGCAAUUUGUAAACUAGAGGGAUCACCAAGCAUAGAAGAUUGUUACCUUGAUGAGACAUGCAACCAAGGGUGUUUUCCUCUAACAUAUGAGGUCAGUCUUAAAAGUAAGAGCGACUCGGAUUCUAUGCUUGAGGAUUUACAUCUGUAUUCUGUUCAGAAGCUCAGCUACUUGGAGAAUGUGAGUUGUACUGGCACAGAAAUAUAUCAGUACAUUGAUUCAGUGCCGAUUACUGAAGUCCAACGUAUUAACUUGUGCGAGGAUUCUGAACCCAGUGGUGAGUACUUAUAUGACCCGGUGGAUUACUCAAUUGAUGAAUACCUUUUUUCAUAGUCACUCCCUGCACUUCUCUUCAAACAUCUUUACUUGUCAGGAAGGAUACUGCCCUUGUAUCCAUAUUUAGUGCCUGUAAUGGUGCAUUUGCAUUGUGGGAAUCAGCAUGAUGGACACUAUGGGGACAUUGAUGUUCAUCCACUUAUUUUAAGGAUGUACUCUGGGCAGAAGUAUAAUAAUUUAUAUUUGAGAAACAUGUAAAGGAGGUUAAGUAAACUGAUGUUAGACUGUAGCUAAAUAAUCUUUUCUUAUCGCUCAAGCCCCUGACAUUGAUAAUAAGUCCAUCAUCAUUCUGCAUGUUUGGCAUUAUGAUACACAUAAACUGAGUCAAAAAACAAUCUCAGCUGCAGAAAAGAGGGGUUGCACAUCUUUACAUUUACUUUUAGUCCGUUCUGUUCUCUGGCAUGUCUAGUUGUGAAACAUUUUUUCUCAACUUAGUACGAUAUAUUUCCAGGAAAAUACGGCGAUUGUCUUCUUCUUCA